AUUUAUAGACAACAUGCGACAUCCCCAUCUGUCCUCCUUUUGAAUCAUUAGCAUCUUGGUCUCAGCCGAUCCGUGACAAUGGAUAUCGCAUACGAUCAUAUCCAGGAAGAAAACCUGCCGGACCACGAACGGGAAGAAGCUCCCGCCGAGGAAUCCAAGCCAGCUGGAUUGAACACCGAGUUCCAAGAGGCAUACAAGGCGUUUUCUAGCAGCCCAUGGGGCUCAAGGAUUGGUGGCUUUCUCGGUAAUGUCCGCAAGCAGGGAGAAAGCUACUAUGAAGACGCAAGGAAAGAUUUGGGUGCUGCCAGCACCCAAGCGACCAACGGGAUCAACGCGCUCAUUAGUAAAACAACAGCAUUAUCCCAAGUACAAUCCGAAUUGCCGCCUGGCGAACCCGCCGGCCCCGCUGGAGAAGCCCCGGGAACAGUUCCUCCCACCACUGCUUCCUCCUCCGCAGAUACUACUACAGUGACUCGGGAUACAGAAGCCUCCGGUGGUACAGAAACCUCCGAACGACCCGAUUCAUUGCCCGCCGACAUUCUUCACGAGGCGGAGUCGAUGCUCGCACGGUUUCGCGUCGAAGCGAGCAAGCGCAUGAAAGACAUCGAGCGCGCCGAAGACCGAGCCGACGAGGCGAUCCUAAAUUUUGGUUCGAGCGUUCGGGAUUUCUUGAAGGAAGCAGUUACAAUUGCGGCGCCCGAGGAGGACGGGACCGACGGGCAAGAGCGGAAGAAGGCAAAGGAUGUCCUGUUCGAUAACAUGGAAGAGGAAAGCCGGCGGGUUUUCCAUGCUACGAGACUCGAGGCGCGGUUGCAUUCCAUCCAUACUAAGUUAGACUCGUUCUUGGAAAAUCCGGCAGAGGAGGCGUACGAUGAGUGGAUCGGAAGUUUUAAGGUCGAUGAGAAGACCGAGGACAUCGCGAAUGAUCUCGACGCUUAUCCCGAGCUCAGGAAGGCGAUGGAGGCAUGCGUACCCGAACGAGUGGAUUAUGCCACCUUCUGGAGCCGGUAUUAUUAUCUCCGAAACGUGGUGCAGACGGAGGAAGAUCGUCGCAAGGAACUCCUCAAAGGCGCAGUAUCCUCCGACAACGACAUGGCUUGGGACUCCGAGAGUGACGAUGAACCCGAGGCGAUCAAGAAGGAUUCACACACUGACCCAAGCAGCUCAACAACAACGCUGCAGCCACCUCGAGCACACAGUUCCAAUACGCGUCGCUCUCCAGACCAACAUUCUCAGGCUGACAGCGACGCGAGCUAUGACCUCCCCCAGCUCGGAGAAGGAGAAAGAUGGUGGACUGGCCAAGCCUGCUGCGAAGGAUGA